ACACUAGCAACCUAGUAAACAGCCACCUGCCUACCACCGGGGAAGAAGCAGCUUAGCUUGGCUGUGUGGCAACCUCCCCAGGGUUUGGUUCAAACCAACCUGUUUGAAGGUGCAGUGAGUGGGGAGAGAGUCUGGGAAGCUGCAGUGGUCACUAACUAAACAGAAAGAAAAACCAGCCGGCCGGCAUUGUCAACCUGCUCUUCCCCACAGUCGGCAGUGACCUGGCCUAUUGCCUGGGUUCCUGAGAAGGCAGAAGCUCCUUUCUGAAAGCAGGGGGCUAGAGUCCGGGAGACAGACACCACUUCCUCCUCAGCCAGCCCAGGCAGCAGCUGCCCGGAGGAGCCAACAGUCCUGUGUCCUGAGAUCCACCCGCAGGCCUUCGCCCUUGCAGAAUGUCCCACCAGGAUCUGAGCAUUGGAGCAAAACUCAUCAAUGGAGGUGUGGCAGGACUCGUGGGGGUGACCUGUGUGUUCCCCAUCGACCUGGCCAAGACUCGGCUGCAGAACCAGCAUGGGAAAGCCAUAUACAAAGGAAUGGUUGACUGCCUGAUGAAGACGGCGCGGGCCGAGGGCUUCCUGGGCAUGUACCGAGGGGCUGCGGUGAACCUGACCCUGGUCACUCCGGAGAAGGCCAUUAAGCUGGCAGCCAAUGACUUCUUUCGGCAGCUGCUCAUGGAAGAUGGGAUGCAGCGGAACCUGAAGAUGGAGAUGCUAGCUGGGUGUGGAGCUGGAAUGUGCCAGGUGGUGGUUACCUGUCCCAUGGAAAUGCUCAAGAUUCAGCUGCAGGAUGCUGGACGGUUGGCUAUCCAUCCCCAGGGUUCAGCCUCAGCACCUCCCUCCUCCAGGUGCUAUACAACCGACUCGGCUUCCACCCACAAGCGCCCUUCUGCCACCCUCAUUGCCUGGGAGCUGCUUCGCACUCAGGGCCUGGCUGGUCUCUACAAGGGUCUGGGUGCCACUCUCCUCAGAGACAUUCCCUUCUCCAUCAUCUACUUCCCACUGUUCGCCAACCUUAACAACCUGGGGCUCAGCGAGCUUACUGGAAAGGCCUCCUUCGCUCAUUCCUUUAUGUCAGGCUGUGUUGCAGGCUCUGUAGCUGCUGUCGCAGUGACACCUCUGGACGUUCUGAAAACUCGAAUCCAAACCCUCAAGAAAGGCCAGGGUGAGGACAUCUACAGUGGGAUUGUCGACUGUGCCAGGAAACUCUGGAUUCAGGAGGGACCAUCUGCCUUCAUGAAAGGAGCAGGAUGCCGGGCUCUUGUCAUAGCACCUCUUUUCGGGAUUGCUCAAGGCGUCUACUUCAUUGGUAUUGGAGAGAGAAUCUUAAAGUGUUUUGAGUAGCAGGGUCGGAGCUUAGUCCCCAGCUUGUGGCCACCUCUUUGGCCCAUUAGCCUAGAGGGGAGAAGCAAAAGGUGGCCUGCCACACUGCAUCGUCCCCUAACUUGUAGUGCUACCUCAUUUCAGAAGAAACAAUCCUACUCCAGUGAGUCGAGCUCAGACUUCUCACGACGUCUACAUUCAUUUUCUUUAGGGGUACAGCUACCAAGGGCUUUCAGCAGUCUGUAAACCACCUACUUUACAACAAAAAUAACACUUGCUUCAGAUAUGUUAAUUAAUUGUAGGAUCUUAACAGACAGCAAAGAUAGAAGGGUUGUUUCUACAUUGUAACAUUUCUGUUUUACACUCAAAAUCGGCAUACUGAGUCCAUUUGAGAAUUCAGUUUGGUUAAUCUUGAAAUAACUUAUGGCUAGUCUUAGCACUGACUUUGAUGAAAAUGAGCAUCGAAACUCAACACCUCGUUUGAAACCAUGACUGUCCUACCCGAGCCUGGAUGGCUGAGGGAUGAGGCUGGCUCUAACUGAACAGGUGGGCAAGGUUAGGUCAGCCAUCCUGCCCUAAAUCCUUCUCCUGAACCAUAGACCCAUCCCUGCCAAUGUCCCUGGAAUACAACUUGAAAUAAAGUUGGAUAAUCUUGUCUAGUAA